ACUCAUAAAAUUUUGUUGGGUAAAUUCGUCUGAAAAUUGCUAUCAGAAGGGGGCGAAAGGCGUAAAAGGAAAACGUAACCUUCGGCGCAAAGAAGCUCGUCGUUUGCCCGUCUAUACUCGAUGGUAGGCUCUGGCAGCAGGUUUUUCCCCGGUAUGCCAGAACCAUGUUUAUAAUAUCCUUCAAUUUUCUGGCUUUUAGGAUUCUUUGAAGAAGAAGAAGAAGAAGAAGAAAUUGAGGCGUCCAAACUGAAAGAUGCUGCAAUCCCCAGCAAGGCUAGGCCUCACAAACCCAAAUUCGCCCUCUCUUCAAAACCCUACCCCUCCGAAACUCCCCCAUCAACAACCGCAGCUCCAAACCUCCUCCAAUCUCUCAUCCGCCAUUAGCACCACCACCACCACCUCCUCCACCCUCCUCUCUCUCCUCCCGCCUCUCCCUCGCGCGCAGUCCCUUCUCCUCCAAAUGGCCUCAUUGGCCUCCAAACUCUUCGAGGUCUCGCCCAAUCGGUCCCUCUGGCUCACCGCCUUCCGCGGCUCUCUUCCUACCUUCCUCUCUUCCCAAAACCAAGCGCUACCCUCAACGACCCCACUCGAUUCCUCUCCUUCCUCGACCAAAGAAAUCAUCUCCCUUUUCAAUCGCCUCCAGACCCAGCUCUUCGAAGCCGUCGCCGAACUCCAAGAAAUCCUUAAUCUUCAGGAUGCUAAGAGGAAAGCCGCCCGCGAAAUCCAGUCCAGGGAUUCUGCGCUUCUUGCCUUCGCCCAUAAGCUCAAGGAUGCCGAGCGUGUCCUCGAUAUUCUUGUCGAUGAUUACUCUGAUUAUCGCCGCCCCAAGAGAUCCAAAUCGGAGGAUGGUGAGGAGGAGGAUUCUUCGUGCAGCACAACCGUUGCGUCUCAGCUUAAAUUGUCGGACAUUUUAUCGUGCGCCCACCGGAUAAGCUACACGACCUUUGCGCCGCCUGAAUUCGGCGCCGGCCAAGCUCCCCUUCGUGGGGCUCUCCCACCCGCCCCGCAAGAAGAGCAAAUGCGCGCCUCGCAGCUGUACAGUUUUGCCGAUCUCGAUGUGGGUUUACCCAAAGUAGUCGAAAGCAAUGAGAAAACGAUUGAAGCUAUCAUUGAGCCCCCGGCUGCACAGCCAGCGGAGGUGAACUCUCUUCCGAAUCUGAGUGCAAUUCAGGGUCUGAUUCCUGCAAUCACUGUUCCAUCGGGUUGGAAACCUGGGAUGCCCGUGGAGUUGCCUAUCAACUUACCAAUGCCCCCACCUGGCUGGAAGCCCGGGGACCCCGUGCCAUUGCCCCCAUUCACGUCUCUUCCAGUUCCGAGGGUCGACGAACAGCAAUUGCGGCCCACUGCUCCUCCGCAUAAGGCACCUGAGACAAUACAGGUUCGACACGUUGAGCUGGAUAUUCUGGAUCAGGACGAUGACAGCAGUGAUUAUAGUAGUGAGGAUGCAAGCUCUGAGGAUGAUGAUUGAUGGUCAAAGGGCUAGUGCUUUUGGUGUUUGAAGUAGUCUAGGUGGCAAAGCCAUGGGUGCACGGAGGACCUGCAAGAGGAUGGUUAUGUAGGAUGUGUAUCACUAACUUCAUGUGGCUAGAUCAGGGCCUUCUAAAAAACAUCUUUAAAUGUUACAUAUAUGACACAUAUAGAUGCUAGAGAUUAAGCUGUAGUUGCUACUUGUUACAAGAAAUGUUUGCAUUCUGGAUAUUAUUUCGUGUUACAAGAAUUUAGUGAACAUAUGGAGUUCAUUUAGGAUUUGGUUAAGGUUCUAGGUCCAUUUUGGUUAGUUGGCAAACUGGGUUAAUGCUUUAUAGACAUUCACAAACAGUGCGGGCAUCUAUAAUUGUUACUCUUUCAGGUAAUAGAGAUGAUCCAGAUGGGUUCUGUAUCUUCAAAUUAUGAAGGUAAACGUGGUGGUGAUGUGAUGAAGUUGUGAAGUUGAGUGAGUGAACUUCUCCAUUUUUCACUUCCUAGGGGUCAUGAAAUUGCUGCCAUUGAAUUUUGUUGUGUGACUAGGGGUGUUAUGUAGUUGUUACUCUGAUUAUCCAAAGGAUCUGCUAAUUAUGUUUGCUUGGUUUGAAUUCCAUACUCUACCAAGAUCAUAUAGACUGAUUUUAUGCUCUC